AUGGAUGUAUUACACUAUUCAUUUAGUUUAAGUGCUUGUCCAAAAUGCCAUUUACUUGUAUGCAAACAUACAAGUCUUGCUAAUCUUGACUUUCGUUCAAUCGAACAACAACAAGAAAAACAAUCAAUUAUUGAAUCUAAUAAUACAACAGCAAAUAAUGUUAAAACUCGUUAUCAAAGAUUUUCAUCUCAUGGUAUGAAUUUUUAUAUAUUACCAUCAACAACAACAGCAGCAACAGCAACAUCUGAUAAUCGUCAUAGUUGGACAACAUUUGGUACAGAUUCAAAUGAAAGUACAAAUACACUUGAAAAUCUAUCUAUUGAUAAUGAAACAUUAUGUGAUAAUAUUCCAUUUGCUAAUGAAAAUAUAAUUCAUUCAUCAUUAUCAUUAAAACCUACAUUAAAUCAAAUAGUUCGUACACAAUCUGAACGUUGUCAAAAAAAUUUUAAACCACGUAUUUGUUUAACAAAAAGUUAUUCAUUUUCAACUAUAUAUACAACACCAAAAUCAACAAAAUCAUUAACAAUAUCUCCACAUAUGCAACAAAAUAAAAAUCAAGCAAAUAAAUUACAUUCAAAAUUUUCAAUAUUAUUUCUUAUUAUUCUUAUUAUAUCAUAUCUUUUAACACAUACAUUGGAUAUUGUUCUUCUUUAUAUAUAUUAUCAUACAAAUUAUAUCUAUUUUAUAAUUUUUACAUUUAUUCUUUUAACUUGUGAUAUUAUUCUAUGGAUAAACAAUUUAAUUGAUAUUAAAAAUCUUUCAACACGUAUAUUAUUAAUACCAUUUCUAUUACGUCUUUAUAUACUUUAUCGACUUGUUGAAUUACUGAUAAUUACAUUUAAUAAAAACUUUAUUGAUAAUACUCAAAUAUUUAAUUCAUCAUCAACACCAUCAUCGUCAACAACAACAACACUAGAAACAAAUCUAUCACAAACAACAAAUUCAUGUCUUAUUCAUAAUCAGCAUGUAAAUCAAUCAUAUAAAACAAUGAAACGACGAUUAUUUCAUUAUUUAACAUUAUUUUAUCUGAUUCAUUCAAGUCUUGUUGUUUUUAUUAAUCUUUAUUUUUGGUCAAAUAAUUUUCAACCAUCAACAAAAUCAAUGUUAAAUAUGGAUUAUUUUAUUCCACAAUGGGCAACAGAUAAAGAUUUAUUACUACCGGCAUCAAUGAAUAUGAUGCCUGUUCGAUCUUCAUUAACAUAUUGGCCAAAAUUUGAUAAUGAUCGAAAAUAUAUUGUUCGACGAACAAUGUCAUUAAAUUGGACUCGACCCAUAUUUUAUCAACAAAUUCCAAUUAGUAUUCAUGUUCCUUCGUCAUAUGCUUUUAUUAUUAUCAGUAUUUUUUAUCAUUUAAUAAUAAACUAUUGUUUUUUAUCAACAUUUCUUAUUCUUGAACGUACAUCAUUCAUAAUUAUUAUAUCUAUUCUAUCACGAUUCUGUUUAAUUAUUACACGUAUUUAUACAUUUAUCUUUUUAUUUCAUCUUAAUGCAUGGUGGUUUGCAAUAACAUUUUGUAUUGUUCAUUUUUCAUUAAUGAUUUCUCUUCUAUUCGAUCGAUCAACAUUUAAAGAUAAUCAAAAGAAAAUUUUUAUUAAAUUAAUUUUUUCUUUUUUAACACAUAGUUCAAUUAAUGAUAUAUCAAUUAAUGCAUUGAUAUCACUGGAAAACAUUUCAAUAUUUCUACAUCGUCUUUAUCUUGAAACAUUUUCAUUACAUAAUGAAACUACAGUACGUUUAAUUAUAUUUAUUUCAAUACUUAUUUCGUCACAAAUAAUUGGUUUUCUAUUUGAUAUUUUAUGGAAAAAUAUUCUUUAUCGAACUGGAACAACUAAUCAAACCAUAAGUUAA